AUGAGGAUAUUAUCGUACUGGAUCUUUCCCAUCAUAUCGGGCCUCGUCUGGCUCGGCAUGCUCCUAGGCAUGCUUCUCUAUUGGAUCAUCGACACAAACCGCGUCGUCUAUCCUUCCAUGUCUCCCCCGCAAUCCAUUGCCUACAUCAGCGACGUCGGCGCCUACUACCUCAAGCCACUCUUCAUUACGGGCUGCGUCAUCACCACUAUCUUCCUUGACCUCUCCUUCUUCUCGGACCGCUGGCUCCGCCACCGCGGCCGCCUCGUGCCCAACACCUCGACUGGCGAAAAGAUCCUAUAUGGGUUCACGAUCUUCUUCGCCAUCGUCGGCACUGUCGGGCUGAUCUGCCUCAGCAUCUUCGACACCUACCGCCACAAGAACCUGCACCUCCUGUUCCUACUGUUCUUCAUGGGCGGCUACCUGCUGUCCGCCAUCUUCAUCUGCUGGGAGUACCAGCGCCUCGGCAUAAAGUAUCCCGAACAUCGCAGCCUCGCCGCCUCGUUCUGGAUCAAGCUCGUCUUCAUCCUCGUCGAGCUAGUGCUGGCUAUCGCCUUCAUUGUCUGCAACUUUCGCGAGAUUUACAACGUUGCCGCCAUCCUUGAGUGGGUCGUCGCCUUCAUCUUCUCCUUCUACAUCUUCUCCUUCACCGUUGAUCUGCUGCCCGCGGCCAAGACCCGGAACAAGGCGAAUCGGUUCUCGAAGCCGGGGAGCAUGCGGGAGUGGAACCACGGCGGUCAGGGGCAGUUUUAG